CUGACACCACGCCAAACAGAUCACACAGCGCGGUGAGUGAGUUCACUUGCACGGCUGGCCUAAAAAAAUCCGCUUAUGAAAGACGAAGACUCAGAAUGCAUGGCACGCGAUAAUGUUUUGCGUUCACCGCGAAACAGAUGGUUAGAAAGUGUCUGUUUUCCAACCCAUUUGCUGUUAAUCUUACAUUUAUUAUUUUAUUUUUAAAGACCUAGUAUGGCCUUCAAGAUGUUUGAUCGUGUGGUGCAUAUUUGAGUGUUCACUGUAGGUGUUGAUUCUAUUUCUCUUAAUGUCACGUUUUUGAGUGUUUGUUUAACAGGAAAAGUCAUAUAGAAAGGGCAUUACGUAAGCCGAAGGCUCAAAAGCAGGCUGUUGAGUUCCAAUUUUUGUCUGGCAUUUAUCACUUUUAACAGAGAAAAGAAUUACCAAAGUCGAAAGCCCCCCCCCCCUCUAUCUCUUACAUCCCAGAACAUGAAGAAUAAAACCAAAUCACACCCUUGCACAACAGCAGGCAAUUUAAACGAGAGAUUUUUGAGAUUUUCAAAAAAAGCCCAAACAAAACUCUUUCUGAUUAGCUAAAGAGGCAGACCAGAUUGAUUUCAUGACGUGUUUUUAAAAAGGCGAGAUGUGUUCAUUUUCUAACCUCGGGUUUCUUCUUACUUUUGAACUUAUUCGAAAAAAGAUUCUGAUUGGAAUGGACUAGCAGAUAUUUCCAUUGGAAAAGUUUAAGAAACAAAGUGCUGAAAAUCUCUGAGGACCCUGUGCAGUUUUUCAUAUGGACUCACCCAAAUUGGCCCAAAGUGAGGAUCAACGGAACGCCACAUCGUUAAGAAAUUGAUCGGGGAGGAUGAGAGAGGAAUCACGGCACUGUUAGAAGUUAAUACAGCACAAGAAGAACUCUAAUCUUUGGACGCCUGCACCGAUAUCUCCCAUCAAAUGGUACGAAAAAUAAGAGCAUCCGCAAGACAAACUUGUUCAAGAGCAGCCGUAUAAGGAGAAAGAAAAAUACUAGCGGGGUCGUCGGUGUCUUCGAAGGUUGCUUUGUGUUUUGAAGGCCAGGCAGGCUCUUGCUUGUGACCAACUGUAAAAUCAACAUACUUUGUUUUGUGGAGAAAUGGAUUCACUUAGCCGUUCUUUCUUUGAGAGGAAACAUUGUGUUUUGCUUCAAGAAAUGAGAGUCUGUUUCACAUUUUUCUUAUGCUUACCCGGGCAUUGGCAAUAUCUGCAUUGAUCAGGAAUCGGCGUAUCGAUUAAAGAAUUUGAAAACAAAAUCGGAGGUACAGAAGCAUUACAGAUUGCAUGCCGAUGGAGAAAUCUCACUUGAGAGUAGAACCGAUACAUUUCUCGUCUCUGCUUGCUUUGGUCGGGGUUGCGCAUGCAGGGAAUUUAUAACGCGAUGGUUAUGCUGUCAUGGUCCUGUGUGAGGACUUGUGGGAAUUUACUGUAUACAACAAAUACCCAUCGCUGUGGAGUGCAUCAAAAUCGGCCUCGAUCAAAACAACAUUAAUGUGACGAUUCAACAUGGGCAUGUUACGCCUUGGCAGGACAAAGCAAGUGUAUUCGGCAAAUAUGUUUUCUUUAGCUUCGACGUUUUGGAGGAAACAUAUCAGAGACAUGAAAGUACACUGUCGUACUUUCUGGACCUCUUCUUCAAAUGGGCUGCUUUUCUUUUUCACUCUCUCCAUCGUCACCACUUGCGCAACUGCAACGGAAAUGUAUGAAAACACAGGAAUGGCGUGCAGAACUAAUCAACGUCAUCCUUACAAUAAUUCUGCCACACCCGUCAAUCUAUCUCUCAUGACCCCGAUAGAUAUCAACCUCGCCUUCCUCACGAACUUGGAGAAUCAUGGAAAAGGGAAACUCUUCGGAGGUGCCUUUUUCUUGGCCGUGGAUCAUCUCAACGAUGAGGCGCGGAACAAGUCUAUCCCUGUGACUUUCACACGGAUAUUCCGGGACACGAAGAACCUGGAGGCUGUGGCGAUGAGGGAAAUGGCAGAACUGUACUGUAACCGCACAGUGGACGCCUUCAUCGGCCCUGACGCCUAUUGUAACUCAGCCGGCCUCAUGUCCACGGCCUACAACAUACCCUACAUGACCUUUGACUGCCAAGACCACCAGAACUCCACUGGGAGACACCUGAUGGUGAACACAGAGACUCUGAUGGCCUAUGUCUCUAGCUCGGUGAUUGCUGUCAUGAGUAAAUACUCCUGGACGUCGUGCUGGCUCAUAUCGGGAACGGACAUGAAAUGGGCGGCCACGAGUCAAAAGUUCAAACUGAGCGCAGAGAUGAACAACAUUACGAUUAAUGGGGAAAAGCAAGUUGACGCCAACAACAAGUUCAAUUCCUUCAACAAACACAACAGCCCCUACGCUAAGAUCAUCAAGGAAACCAGAUACAGCACACGAGUGUACGUGUUCCUUGGUGUUCACGAGUCCUUGUUACUGUUCAUUCGUAAGCUGCGAGAGAUUCUCGUCGACAAGAGGGGACAAUAUGCGGUCAUUGCAGUGGACGACUCAAAGGUGGAUUACAAGCUCGAAUAUUUCUAUCUGACUGGAAAGGAGGCGGCAAAACUUGGUUAUAUAAAAGCCGAGAAAAAACGGGAACUGGCGGAAGCGUUCCAGAAUGUUCUGCUCGUGUGGCCGGAGACGAAAGUCCUGAACGAGGAGACUUUCGAGGUGCAAGUGUAUGAAAGGAAUACAAAACCGCCCAUCAAUCUUGUCACCCCACCUACGAUCUUAAAAACCAAGCCAAGAAUUCCGCGACAGGCCUACCAACUGUACGAUGCCACGAUGAUUUAUGGCCGCACUGUCAUGAAGCUUAUGGAGACCAGGGGAGAUCCUAAAAAUGCCUCUCAAAUAAUCACCCACAUACGCUGUGCAGAGCACGAAAUAACCAAGUGGGAAAUCGGCCUUGUGGUAUUUUCAGUCUUUAUCGUCAUCUGCUUCGUCGUCCUGUAUCUCAUCAUAAGAAGAAAGACUCGUAUUCGGGAAAUCAGUUUACAGCGAUGCUACUGAGUCACGACUCUAAUCCAGACAUGGUGUCGGAUAACAUUUACGGACCCCACAGUGACGUACCUGUGGGCGUGUACAGAGGAACAACUGUGGUGGUCAAACAGCUGACCAGGAAGCACGUAGAGCUCACGAGGGCCCUGAAAAAACAGUUCCAGCAGCGUAAGGAGCUGACCCACGAAAACCUGAAUAGAUUCAUCGGCGCUUGCAUAGAGCCCCCGCAGGUCUUCAUCAUCACACAGUACUGCCCCAAGCGGAGUUUGCAGGACAUUCUCAGGGAUGACAACUCCCCAUUGGAUGACAUGUUCAUUACGUCAUUAGUCCAGGAUCUCAUCAGGGGAAUGGCUUUCAUACACGAAAGUGAUUUCGGAUUCCACGGUAACCUGAAGUCCAGCAACUGUUUAGUGGAUAGCAGAUGGACACUCAAAGUGUCGGACUUUGGGCUGACUGCCCUGGGCUCGCCCCCACACGCAAUGUUUGAAGAUGAACCUUUCUUCAGAGAAUUGCUGUGGACGGCUCCCGAGUUGUUGCCCUUUAAGCGCAACCAACACAGUCACCACAACAGCCAUCACAACCACAACCACCAUCACCACAACCAUCACCAAUCCCAACUCCACCAAAAACAGAAGCAACAGCAGCAUGGCAGUCAGAAGGGCGACGUGUUCAGCUUCGGUAUUAUACUGUACGAGCUCUACGGAAAAUCGGGACCGUGGGGACAAAUUAAAAUGACAUGUAGAGAGAUUAUUGAACGGCUCAUGUCAGAAACAGCUCCCGUUCUCAGACCGGAUACCAGUUCCUUCUCCUGCAGUUCUGAUGUCAUCGACCUUAUUCACUCCUGUUGGGACGACGAUCCUGACCUUCGGCCGGACUUCAAGUGCAGUAUCCGGAGUCGCUUCAAGCCAAUACAGCAAGGAUAUCUAAAAUCCAACAUCAUCGACAACAUGCUGGCUAUGAUGGAGAAGUACGCCACCAACCUGGAGGCUGUGGUGGCGGAGCGCACGGAACAGCUGAGACUGGAGAAGCGAAUGACCGAGAACCUGCUGCUCCGGAUGCUGCCCAGAUCAGUAGCUGAGAAGUUGAAGCGAGGUCAGCCAGUGGAGCCCGAACAGUUUGAGCAAGUGUCCAUCUACUUCUCGGACAUCGUCGGCUUCACAGAACUCAGCGCUGAGAGUACUCCAAUGGAGGUGGUUGAUCUCCUUAACGACUUGUACACCUGCUUCGAUUCUAUAAUUGAAGAGUUCGACGUGUACAAGGUGGAGACGAUCGGGGAUGCUUACAUGGUUGUGAGUGGCCUGCCCAUACGCAAUGGAGACAGACAUGCAGGGGAGAUUGCCUCAAUGUCUCUGCUUCUCUUGGAAGGGAUCAAAUCUAAACGUUUCAAGAUCAGAGGAACCAACGAAAACCUGCUCAAGAUCAGAAUUGGCAUUCACUCAGGUCCUUGCUGCGCUGGUGUGGUGGGCCUUAAAAUGCCUCGCUAUUGCCUCUUUGGUGACACCGUGAACACAGCAAACAGACUCGAGUCAACAGGAGAGGCCCUGAAGAUUCACUGCAGUGCUGAAUGCAAGAACAUUCUUGACAAACUCGGUGGCUAUAAUUUGGAGGAAAGAGGGUACACUGAGAUGAAGGGUAAAGGCAGCCUCCUGACCUACUUCUUACACAGCGAGGACCAACAACACAGGUACAGACGGAUCUCCCGCUAUAAACGUAUGGGCAGUGACACCCGUUGCGUGUCUGCCUCAAACCUCGACUACUCCGGGAAAAUCUACAGCCUUAGCCAGUGCGGCCUAACUCCUCUACAGCAGCUACAACUUCAGCAACAGCACGCCAGUGGUAAGCACCAGAUUCUUGCCCGGGACUCUGUGGGCAACGAGAGGAGUAGUGGGCAGAGUAACAGUUCAGUGAUUAGUUCGUGCUCGGAGCCUGUAGAAAUGCCCUCAGCUCAGAUAAAACACACUCGAAACGCGCUUGUUAAUCCUCAGCAGCCUUCGUCUCAUCUCGUCCGACCUCAGUCAGACCAAUACAAAGACCUGCCUCCUCUAACCAUCCCUGACAACUCCGAUACAGGCUCGGUUGGAUUCUCGCCCCCUUCAUCCCCAAACGAUUUCUCCCCGUCCACCCUCCCUCGCGCCACAGCGCCCCGGUACAGAAACUCUUACAUGUCGCCGAUCGCCGAGGACCCGGGUGGUCAUGGGGAGCUGAGUCCGCUAGAGAAGACCGUGUCUUUUCCGGACACCACGCUGCACGACUCGCUUUGCGAGACUGACGGACUCUUGACCAGCGAGCAGCAGGCCAACAUUCACAUGAACUGCAUGCCUGCUCGUCGCAGUCUUAGCAGCCGGUCCGCUCUUGGUGGCCCACGCAGGGCGAAGACGGACUGGGGAGAUGGUAUUGGGGAAGAGGGUGAGGCAGAGGUUUUGAUGUUUCCGGUGGAGAUCGAGAACGGUAUCAGCCCAGAAACUGUCUUGUGAAGUCACGAGAGAGAUGUUGCUAGGAAACGGGAGGCGAGACCUUGUUGUUAACGGAUGAGAGGUGGAAAAUGUGCUACUGUAGAGACCAAAAGAAGAGAGAUUGUUGUUUCUAGUCCACACGAGGAACUUCAUGAAAAUUCCAUCAUGUCUAUUUCAAUAAUGAAUGAUACAAACUGUUUUGUUUUACAAAUGUGUAUAUAGGUAUAUAAGCGUUAAGAGAAUAUUGUCUGAUUACUUACCUGAUAUUUUAUAAAAUGAUAUGAUUUCCAUUAAUCCGAACCUUUAAAUAAUCUGGUAACAUCACUGAGUUAAUCCGGAAAUGCACUUUUCCCUUGUUGAGGAAUCAGAUUAUGGGGGCGGAUUGCUUCCUUGAAGGGCGUGCCAAACAUGAGAUGUCUUUUCUUACCCGUCCUGAUGGAGCACGAGGUACAUUACGCUGUACACUUUAUGGCGUUGGAUUCCAUCCGAAGAAUAACUGGAUUGGUUACCGUCACGUUUAACUGAUCAGCAAAAGAAAGUCAUACCAGUAUUGUACACUCUUCCCACCCAUGGCUCAUGCACAGUUCACUUUAUUAUGCCCACAGAUUGUUCACAGAUUUAUCAGAUAGUUAGAUUACACAUGGUAAUUAUUAUUAUCGUGGAUUAGCAUUCUUUUACUUUGUUUUGUGUGAAAUCCAAUUUCAGCUUGGGUCUGAGUUUUUUCGUCCGCUGCUGUAACAUUGUUGGGCAUAGCUUGACCAAAGUCAAAAUAAAUUUUUUUUUGUUCUGCCAAUUUCUUCCUAGUGUACUGAAAGAGGUCCAAGUGCUGUGGGUAAGAAAUUGCCCACUUUUGAAUCUAUUGCAAUAUGAUUACUAUUAAAAUUGACUUUUUGGGGGGUUUAUUUUUGUAUUUCUUUCUCAGUGUUUAAAAAGAGGGUUUUAAAAUGUUGAAUUUCCUUUGGUUUAACACUUUCAUGAAAUCAUUUGUCUUCUGGCUGAUAGAUACCAGAAGUUUGUCGUCGACCAAGACACUCAUUUGCUCCAAUUUGAGGGAGUUCAACGGCCUUCACAGGGCUUUGUGGUUUGCUCUUUAGGCCUGGCUUAAUUGAGAUGACGUUCACGAAUCGUGUUAAGCAAUAUCGAUGAUACAGGUUUUUGAUGGGUUAUUACUUGGAUGGGUACGUGAGCAUAACUCGAUAACCUUUGCUCAAAGACAGGGUGCUGUUUCGCAGCGACCAGAAAUGACAUGCUUUUGAUAUUAUGUUUUUUGAUGCUUUUUAAAUCAUUGUUAUGCAUGCCUUUGUACAACAAACUUCCCUUCUGGGAUCAAUUGCCUUUUCUUUUUUUUUUUUCCAAACCAUCUUCUUCUACCUAUCCCCUGCCCAUUCUCGCGUCUUUCUUUCUCCCCGUCUCUCUCUGUCUCUCUGUUUUCUCUCUCCCCCCCCUCUCUCUCUCUCUCUCUCUCUGUCUCGUUGUCUUUCUCUUUCUCUUUCAUUCCUUCUUCCACAUGCCUGUGGCCACUGUAGUGACGGAGGCAAGAGAACACUACAGUGUGUCUUACUACGGGUUUGAUAACUUUACUGCCGGCGCCAAAAGUCGAUUUUUCUGAAACCUAAUUGUUAUUGUUAUAAUAAACUGGUUUGUAAGCUAAGUAUAAUGUUGUUGUACAUGUCCCCAACAUUAUUAUUAUGCUUUCAGCACGAUCACUUCUCACACCAUGUAUUGUUAUGAGAGUGGAUGAAGUGUCAUACUGUCCUGUUUGUGCGUAAGCUAAUGAAGAGCGAAAGAGAGAGAGAGAGAGAGAGA